UCCUCGUUCAUCAGCAGUUGCUGGUCGUAGCAGUCAUUCAAAUUCGCUUCCUCGUCUCGAUAAACAUACAACACCAUGUCAGGCCAUCAGCACUUCAUCGACCCACGGAGUACCAGAUCAGCGAAGAAGACGUCAAUACAGAAUAGCGCUUAAUUUUUUUAAUAAGAAACCUACACGUGGUGUGCAAUAUCUCAUUGAAUGGGGUUUUGUUGAAGAUAAUUCUCUCGCAGUUGCUAAUUUAUUAUUGCAUCGACGUGGUUUAAGUAAACAAAUGAUUGGUGAAUAUAUUGGACACUUGCACAGUCCUUUUCAAUCUUCUGUUCUCAGUCAUUUCGUCGAUCAGAUUGAUUUGCGUGGGAUGGAAGUGGAUAUUGCCCUUAGGCACACGCUUUCGUUUUUUCGCCUUCCAGGAGAAGCACAGAAAAUCGAGAGAAUUAUGCAGGUAUUUUCUAUUCGUUACGCCAUCUGUAAUCCCGAUAAAGUUGCACUUUUUCACAGUGCGGACACAAUAUUCAUCUUGGCUUUCGCUAUUGUUAUGCUAAAUACAGAUCUUCAUUCACCUAAUAUCAAGCCGUCACUGAAAAUGAAAGUGGGAGAUUUCAUUAAUAAUUUACGCGGAAUCGAUGCAGGAUACGACAUUGAUAGGGCACUGUUGGUUCGUAUUUAUCGCCGGAUUCAUGACUCACCCUUCAGCACUGGAUCAGAUCAUGUAUCGCAAGUUAUUGUAGUUGAUCAAAGUAUGGUUGGCAAGGAUAAGCCUAACUUGGUCGAACCACAUCGUCGUCUUGUGUGUUACUGUCGUUUGAAUCAGAUUAUUGAUCGCAGUAAACGACAACCGUCCAAUGCUCAUCAACGCGAAGUUUUUUUGUUUAACGAUCUUUUGCUGAUUGCAAAAAUGGCUUCAAAGAGGAAAUCAUGUUGCCAGUAUGUUUUACGCACUUGGAUGAUGCUCCUAGGACUACGUGUUAGCAUGUUCGAGACUCCUUUUUAUGAUUAUGGCAUUAUGAUCACAUUACCUGAUGGGCAAGAAAUUUAUUUGAAUUCGAAAAAUAAUGACGACAGGCACCGGUUCGUAGCGGAUGUAAAGGAGUCAGUGGCCGAGUGUGCUGAAAUGGAAGCAGUAAGAAUUGAUGCUGAAUUGGACAAGCAUUCAUUGAUCAGUCGUAGCGAUGGACCGCAUGAGCGAGAUUCAGGUUUAUCCGAGAUAGAAGGCAAUACUUCGAGUAGUGUUGUCAAUACAUCACCCAACACGCCCCAGCAAGCUUUAAAUUUAUGCUCUGUACGUCGUCUUAGUUUUAAUUCAUUUGAUAGUGGAGUUAUUGAGGAAAGUUGUGAGUUGUUUCCCCAUUCAGGUCUGUCAUCUGUAUCACCUUUCUACUCUUCAAAACGUUUGGAGGCUGCUAUAUGA